CGCGGUGUCGGGGAGGCGGGAGCGGCCGCGCAUCUCGGCCUGAGAGCCGGAGGAUGGAGCGGUCGGGGCGGGGGCCGGCCGGAUCGGGGGGUGGGGGUGGCCCGGGCCCCUAUCCUCUUACCGUUAGACACAGGGCGCAGGCAGAGUCUGUGGGCGCCCGCGGAGGAAGCAGCGUUCGGGGUCGGGCUCAGCUGCUCCGCCUCGAGCGUGGUGCAGACCGGGGAGGGGACACGGGCCCCGACUUUGGGGGCCCACGCGAUUGGGCAGCAUGGGCAACGGCUCCGCUUCCCGCCCUCCGGGCGCGCCUCGAUUCCCCGGCUCUUAGUAGCCUGGACGUUCUGGAGGGAGGAGCAGGGAUGGGGAGGUUGGGCCCGGAGCCCCGGGGGUCACUUUCCGUAGCUCCAUGAGGAACUGCUAAUUGGGGUGUGGGUGGGUGCGGCCUGCUUAGGGGAUUUGGCAUCUGAAUAUGUGAGUCAUAGAUGCACCUGCAAGAUUCACCUGCAAGCACUUGGCACGGUGUGACCGGCGGGCGUGGUGCACCCCACACCGUGCUGCUUGGAGGGCAUUCAUCCGUCGUCCUGCAUCUCUCAGAUCGUCAGCGCCUGUCCUCCAUGGCCAGUAAAAUGGGAUGGCAGCGCACAUCUCAUGGGUUUAGGGAAUGUCACCCCGCAGGGCAACGAGGAUAGGGCGGGGACCUCUGGCAGAUUCAGUCCUGCCCUCUCAGGACUAAUGGUCUGGUGGGGAGGGGGGCAGGGAAAUGGAUCAAGUUUUAAGCUCAGAUGGUUUCAGGACUGUUCAGAGGAAGAUGCCAAGGGCUGAGAGGACCUGAAGGACGGGAAGGCAGGGAGAGGGGCCUCUGGGCAGUGGGAACAAAAGCUUAGAGGUGGAACCUGUGCGUGGCAGGGCUGAGGAUCAGUGAAACCAGUGGUGGGGGUGGGAGGAUACUGAAGGGGACAAGAUGACUGUCUAGGAGGUGGGGACUUUCUUGCUGAGGUCCUAAGUCUUCUUUGUAAAGUGCCCGAGUUUUUGGGUUCCUUGAUGGUGGAUGCAGUGAGAUCCAAAGGCACACUGGAUGGUUCUGAAUCUCCUGGCCUUCAUGUGCAGGGGCAUCCGGUCUUGGGACAUUGACCCUGGUGUCUGCAGCCUCGAUGAGCAGCUCAAGGUUUUCGUGUCCCGGCACUCAGCCACCUUCUCGAGCAUUGUGAAAGGCCAGCGGAGCCUGCACCACCGUGGUGACACCCUGGAGACGCUGGUCCUCCUGAAUCCAUCAGACAAAUCCCUGUGUGACGAGCUCCGGAACCUUCUGCUAGACCCUGCCUCUCACAAGCUGCUGGUGCUGGCUGGGCCCUGCGUAGAGGAGACAGGGGAGCUGCUGCUGCAGACCGGGGGCUUCUCACCCCGCCACUUCCUCCAGGUCCUGGGGGACAGAGAGAUCCGGGAUCUCCUGGCCUCCACACCCCAGCCUGCCGAGCCGCCCAAGCUCACCAUCACCUGCCCGACCUUCGGUGACUGGGCCCGGCUGGCCCCCGAAGUGCCCGGCCUGCAGGGCGUGCUCCAGCUGCGGUUGAACCCUCCAGUGCAGCUGCCGGCUUCCGAGGGCCUGCGCGAGUUCCUGGAGUACGUGGCCGAGUCGCUGGAGCCGCCCUCCCCCUUCGAGCUGCUCGAGCCUCCGGCCUCCGUGGGCUUCCUCAGGCUCGCCCGGCCCUGCUGCUACAUCUUCCCCGGCGGCCUUGGGGACGCCGCCUUCUUCGCCGUCAAUGGCUUCACCGUGCUGGUCAAUGGCGGCUCCAACCCCAAGUCAAGCUUCUGGAAGCUGGUGCGGCAUCUGGACCGGGUGGACGCUGUGCUGGUGACGCACGCGGGCGCCGACAGCCUCCCGGGCCUCAACAGUCUGCUGAGGCGCAAGCUGGCGGAGCGCGAUGAGGCGGCAGCUGGCGGGGGCUCCGGGGACGACCGGCUCCGCCGGCUGAUCUCCCCCAACCUGGGCGUCGUGUUUCUCAACGCCCGCGCGGCUGCCUCGCGGCUGGUGCGUGGGGAGGAUGAGGCCGAACUGGCCCUGAGCCUCCUGAGCCGGCUGGGCAUCACCCCUAUGCCCCUGAACCGAGGGCCACUGCCUGCCGAGCCCACCGUGCUCUUCCAGAAGAUGGGCGUGGGCCGGCUGGACAUGUAUGUGUUGCACCCGCCCUCAGCCACCACCACCGACCACACCCUGGCCUCCGUGUGUGCCCUGCUGGUGUGGCAUCCCGCGGGCCCCUCCGAGAAGGUGGUGCGUGUGCUGUUCCCCGGCUGCACGCCCCCUGCCCGCCUCCUGGAUGGCCUGGUCCGCCUGCAGCACCUGGGGUUCCUGCGGGAGCCGGUGGUGACGCCCCAGGACCUGGCUGGGCCUCGGCGAGCUGAGAGCAAGGAGAGCGUGGCCUCCCGGGACAGCUUGAGGAGAGAGGGCCGCACGGUGGUGCCCUCCAGGCCCACCCAGGAGCGCCCGGGGGUGGCCCGGAAGGAAUCCCCACGGACUGAGGCCCCUCGCAGGGCUGAGAAAGAAGCCCGGCCCUCCCGGGAGGUGAAGAAGGACCCCAGAGCCGGCGCCCCUCGCACCCAAGCCCGGGAGGUGCGCCGGGCAGGCUCUGCCACGGUCAGUGGCAAGAACGUGGGUGCCCAGGUGGCUCCCAAGCCCCGCAGAGCACCCAACACACCCCGCCCAGGGGUCCCACCAGCUGAGAAUGGGCCCCGUAGCCCCCCCAGCUUCCGGAGUGGAGAGGCCAGCCCCCCGACGGAGUCCUGCGGCUCCCCGGCCCCCCAGCUCGUGGCCACGCCCAGCCAAGAGAGCAGCCUGGAUCUGGGGCUCAGCCCGGCAGGGGAGGAAGGCGGCAGCUUAGAGGAGAAAACCCUGGAGCUGCUGUUGGCCUCCAGCACCCCCCAGCCGUGCACGCCCUCGCCCGCCGGAGCCCAGCAGGGCCCAACAGAGAGCAGCGGGCCACUGUCGCUGAGCCCCCUGCGGGGUGGGGAGCCCGGGCCGGAUGCCUCCCCCACGGUGACCACGCCCUCGCUGCCCGCGGAGGUGGGCUCCCCGCACUCCACGGAGGUGGACGAGUCCCUGUCCGUCUCCUUCGAGCAGGUGCUUCCGCCGCCAGCUGCAGCCGCGGGUGAAGCCGGGCUCAGCCUCCCGCUCUGCGGCCCCCGGGUGCGGCGCUCGGCCUCCCCGCAUGACGUGGACCUGUGCCUGGUGUCGCCCUGUGAGUUUGAGCACCGCAAGGCCGUGCCCAUGGCGCCGGCCCCCGUGUCCCCCGGCAGCUCCAACGGCAGCAGCGCCCGGUCGCAGGAGCGGGCCGGCGCCCCGGGAGGAGCCGAGGAGACACCGCCCACAUCCGUCAGCGAGUCCCUGCCCACCCUGUCCGACUCGGACCCCCUGCCGGCUGCCCCUGGCACUGCCGACUCGGACGAGGACACGGAGGGCUUCGGGGUCCCCCGCCGUGACCCGCUGCCUGACCCCCUCAAGAUCCCCCCACCGCUGCCCACCCCACCUAGUAUCUGCAUGGUGGACCCGGAAAUGCUGCCUCCCGAGCAGGCCCGGCUGAAAGAAGGUGCCGGCCGUACCCGGAAGCCCCUUAGCCGCCCCAGCUCCGGCACGACUGCCCCCAAAGCCACUCCAGUGACUGCUGCCAAAACCAAGGGGCUGGCCAGUGGGGACAGGGCCAGUCGGCCACUCAGCGCCCGCAGCGAGCCCAGUGAUAAAGGAAAUCGGGCACCCCUGUCCAGAAAGCCCUCCGUCCCCAAGACAACCACUCGAGGUCCAUCCGGGCCAGCUGGCAGCCGGUCAGCAGGGUCAGCGGCCCCACCGGGCUCCCCUGUCUACCUGGACCUGGCCUACCUGCCCAGCGGAGGCAGUGCCCGCCUGGUGGACGAGGAGUUCUUCCGGCGGGUGCGUGCGCUCUGCUACGUCAUCAGCGGCCAGGACCAGCACAAGGAGGAGGGCAUGCGGGCCGUCCUGGACGCGCUCCUGGCUGGCAAGCAGCAGUGGGACCGGCAGCUCCAGGUGACCCUGAUCCCCACCUUCGAUUCGGCGGCGAUGCACGAGUGGUACGAGGAGACGCACGCCCGGCACCAGGCGCUGGGCAUCACGGUGCUGGGCAGCAACAGCACCGUGUCUAUGCAGGACGAGGCCUUCCCCGCCUGCAAGGUGGAGUUCUAGCCCCGCCCCCAGCCCCAGCAUCUGCCACUGUCCUGGGGUGUCCCUGCGUCAGAAAUAAACCAGGUACCGGCUCGG